AUGGCAGCUACUGCUAACAAGAAGCAUGACAGUCAGUUUAGAGUUGCUACUAGGAUUAUCACGGAGGCAACAAUCACGCCACUAGCUGCGAACACCAGCAAGAGUAGUGGGAGUGUUACAGAUGAAUCCGAUAUCGAUGGAGGCGACGCUUUGUUCUCUCCUUUUGCUUCCGAUGUGGGUUCUGGUGAUGACCAGGAUAUAGAAAGGGAGCUACUGGGUGACGUUACCGAUGACGAUGAUGCUCUUGAUUUCGAAUGGCUUAUGGGUGCAUCGAAACCGAAACGAUUCAUGCUAAAACCGGUGACCUCUGAAGAUCAUACCGGUAAUGCGAGGGAAAUCCGUCAUGCGGAUAUCAGCUUCUCGCAUGCUUUGCAGGGAAUAAUACAACCAGAUACAACUGAUGAUGUAGAGUUGCCAAUUAAUGAAGAUUUUUGGAAAGAUGUUGACACUUCUGUGGCAGAGGCUAAUUUGGACAUGCCACUGGAUUUCUCUGCUGCCAUUUCACCAUCCGGUGCGAAUUUAAGCUCAGGGUCUGUCAUCGGUGACCACAAUGGUAUCGAUGGUUCAUUCCAGGUUUCUGAAACGGUAGAAGAUUUCAUUAAGACUGAUACCUCGAUCUCUCACUCAGCUUCUACUGUGGGUUCAGAUGUUCAUUCUCAGUUCAUGUAUCCUAUCAAGAAAUUGAGUUUCAGAGACGCUAAUGGGAAACUGGCGUUAGACCCUCAAGUAUCAUCAGUAGAUUCACAUGCGUCUACUUCUAUAUCAAACUCAAACUUCAAUCAGAGUCAUCACGCUCAUAAUCGCAUUUUAAAGUCAGGCAAACGCAAGUCCAAAUUCAAGAAAAUAUCACGCUCCAAAUUUGGUUGGUGCGAAAUGGUCUCUACGGGUAUAGGUAUUGGUGAAUUCAUGCUGUUGUAA